UUUUGGGGUAGGACAGACACACAGGAAGCUUCAAACUAGUUAGAAGACAUCAAAUUUGCUGUACCUGGUCAGCUACUGUGUCUUUGGAGGAGGAUGCUGUCAGAAGGUUAUCUUUACAGAAUCACCUACCUUUGUGGAGACCUGAACCCUGAGCUCUACAGUAAGACUUCAGCUGAUGAAGUGGUAUAUGAAAUGAGAUCCAUUAAUUAUUCUCCCACGGAUGAAACACAAGGAAAAAGCUUCCUUCAGAGAUGCAGAUCUGCUGGCAAGUGCAUUUCCUCAGUCUGCUCUAGAGGUAGCAAGCACAGCAGAAGGCAGAAGGAUAAUCUCCCACAACCUGCACAUCACCCUGGGCCCACAGGGCAGCCAUCUCCAGCUACACGUGCCUGCGAAGGGCUGACGAAAAAAGUCACCUACCUGGUUCCACCUUCCUGCAAAAGCAUUUGCAAGAAUUACAACGAUUUGCAUAUAGCUGGGGACUACGUGGUGCCCAUCAGCUCAGUCACGACAGAUUUUGCUUGUGACAGUGGCAUAGGCCCCUUCUUGGAGUCCUCAGAGAUUCCUCCCGCCUUGGAGUCCGUGAGGGUCCCCCCCUCCAGCGACACCGUCCGAAAGCCGGGCCAAGGCUACUCCUCGUGCUGGAGACUGGCGAGCUUGGGGCCACACCAGCAGCCCCUCUCUGACUCAGCCCUGAACGACUACCUUGAGCAGAAGCUGGUGGAACUGUACAAGCAGUACAUCAUGGAUAGCACAGCAAACAGGGCAUCCCCCACUCAGAUCCUGGCCUCGGAGCUUAUCAUGGCUAAUGUGGAUCAAAUCAGCAUGCAGAUAUCACGGGAAAGGAAUAUGGAGACCAUGAAGGCCAAAGACAUUGUUAUCAGCCGCUUCCUACAAAUAGCCAGUGAGAAGAUAUCCUCAGAAAUGAGCACACCUACUCUGCAUAUUUCCCAAUAUAGCCACAUUAACCCUUAGUGUUUGAAUGGCUGACGUUAGAAAGUUUUUAUGUCCUGCAGAGUCAAUUUCUAGUUUCUCAAGACACUUUUCUGCUUCAUAAAAACACAUUUACCAUCUAUGACUUAAAUUAAACC